UGAGUUUGGAGGAGGUGAUCCUUGAACAUUAACCAGCUUUCUCGGGUUCUUCCCUCCAGGGUUUUAUCCCAUGGUACUCUACCAAGCAGAUCCCUGAAGAGGCCAAAGUUGUCUAGCCAUGCACAGUCCUCUUGGGAUAAAACACCAAAGACAGGAGCAGAUCACCUGUGUCACCUCGUGUGUCAGCUUCAGAGGAUUUACCAGCAGACCUGGAUGCUGGGUUUACUUUGGCUUCAUCUUGUAGCUCUGCCCACCUCCAGGAGUGUGCUGAAGCCCGACAUGUGAAUGAGAUGAACCCAUUCUUUACCCUUACUGUUAAGCCAUGCUGUUGUGCAAUGUGGGAUCCAAGGUUUUUACAUCUGGUUGAAGUCAUAAAGCAAAGCAUAGCUGCUGCUUUGCCUGGGCUGCCAGAGGGGGCAGAGACCUUUCAAUGAAGAGCCACUAUCUGUGGUUUCCAUCUCUGCCAUAAUACUUGUUUCACCCAGCUCCUGAUGCAAAUCUAGCAGGACAGAUCUUUUUCUUCUGUGAUUAUAAGCUGGGCUUGACUUUCCUACCCAAGACCAUUACGUUUGUCCUGGAUCAGACCACAAGUGCAUCUAGCCCAGUAUUUUUGCAGUGGCCAAGAACAGGGCCCCAGGAAGGAGAGUAGAAACAGGGAAAACCUGCGGGUGAGAUUGCCUCUGUUCAAAGAAACAAUAACAUACCAGGAAUACACAAGGUGUUAAAGACCACACCAUACACCCAGACUAAGCAAAGCUUUCACCUAAAAGGGACAAAACAUAAACAUGGCAGAAUUUACAGGUUACAAGGAAACCUCAAAUCGGCACCUACGAUUCAAAUUGCAGAGUCUUAGUCGCCGCCUUGAUGAACUGGAGGAAGCAACCAAAAAUCUGCAGAAAGCAGAGGAUGAGCUGCUUGACCUCCAGGACAAAGUUAUCCAGGCAGAAGGCAGCAACUCCAGCAUGCUGGCUGAUGUUGAAGCCCUGCGGAAAAGAGUACUGAAGAUCGAAGGCAAGGAUGAAGAAAUUAGAAAGGCUGAAGAGCUUUGCCGGUUAAUGAAAGAAAAACUUGAAGAGGAAGAGAGCCUCACCCGAGAGCUGAAGUCAGAAAUUGAACACCUGCAGAGGAGAAUGGCAGAGCUGGAGAAACUGGAGGAGGCCUUCGGCAGGAGCAAGAACGACUGUACGCAGCUGUGUCUUAGCCUCAAUGAAGAAAAGAACUUGACCAAAAAGAUAUCUACAGAAUUAGAAAUACUUAGAGUCAAAGUGAAAGAACUGGAAGCAUCUGAGGACAGGCUGGAUAAAACCGAGCAGAGCUUAACGUGCGAGUUAGAAAAACUGAAAUCCUUAGCACUGAGCUUUAUCAGUGAAAGAAAACAUUUUAAUGAAAGAGAAAAGCAAAAUGAAAAAAUAAUCCAGGAGCUAACACAGAAACUAGAACAAAACAAUAAAUUAAAUAGGGCAGAUCAGACUAGAAAUGCAUCCAACUUGCUAGAAAGGUCAUCAAAUAAUCUCCUGGACAGAAAUGAUUUGAGAAUUGAAGAUGACUUGACUUCUGCGUUGCCUUCUAAGGAGACCAGGAGGAAGGGAAGUGUGGAUUACCUGAAACAUGUAGACAAUGAAACCAGGAAUAAAUCAGAAAACCAAAAGAAUAAAAAUCAGGAAGACAACAAAGUUAAAGAUCUCACCCAAGAAAUUGAGAAACUUAAAACUCAGAUCAAGCGUUUUGAAUCUUUAGAAGAAGAACUUAAAAAGAUGAGAGCCAAAAACAAUGACCUGCAAGACAGUUACUUGAGCGAACAGAAUAAAAACAAGCUCUUAACAGGACAGCUAGAAGAAAUAAAAAUGCAAAUAAAGAAACAGAAAGAUCUGGAGAAUGGAGAGGUCGAAAAUGAAGAUACUAGCUUUUCUAGCAGGGGAAAACAUGACAGACCUAAAUACAGAGGUGUCACAGCUGAUUUGGGAGCUGCCAAGCACAAGCCAAGGGAGCUCUCACCACAGCAGCGUCGGGAAAGAGCAAGGAACAGAGAUUUCUCUGUCAGUAAUGACAGCUACAGCCACGGUGGUAAGCAGGUGCCCAGUCCAAGCUUAAUGAACAGAAAAGCAGGUAAAGCAUCUGGUGCUUCUGCCCUUUCAGAUACUGCUGUGACAGAUACAAAAAGACUGGAAGAGAAAUCUUCAGUUUCCACUUUUUCUUCUGGUCAGAAGGAAAGCUGUGUCAUGCAGAAUGAGGGGAAGAGAUCAAAAGAGCAGCCGUCUGUCCUCAGCCGAUACCCUCCUGCUGCACAGGAGCAGAAAUCUUGGAAAGCACCUUCCAAACCUGUUGGUGACACGGGCCUGAGAUCCAAGGCUGAAAAGCCAUCUCAGGUGCUCCGUGGCAACUGCCAAACCAGUGCUGACACACAUGACGAAAAGUCAAGCAAAGCAGAAUCAGUGGCUUCUUUGGCCGAGAAGCUGAAAACAAGUCAGGCAGAAGUCAGUGACUGCUCAGGGGACACACUGCUUGCCAGGGGGAAUCACGCCUCUUCCAAUGGCACAGCUUCGAUGUACAGGUACCACCUCUCCUCCCCCGUGUCAACAUCAGACUCCACUGGCUCUAAAGCAGAAUCAGUGAACACUUUUGCGGCGUCACACAGACAGCCCUCAGAGGGGAGGGCUAAAAGGACAAUAAUCUCCCAGGAAAAAGAAUUUGCAGACACAUCACUUGAAAGCGUGAAGCCUUCAACACUAACAAAGCGCUCCCAUUGCUCCAGGAGUCAGGAGGACAUGCUGCAGAUUCUCACAGGUCUUGAGAAAGAAGACACGGAGCAGUCUUCAACUUCAGCAAUGGAUCAUGUAAAUGCUGGUUUAAAAAUGGACUUCAAAACCAUCCAGAGUAACCAGGAAAAACUUAAUUCAGAUGAAGAAUCAGGAAGAAGCAAAAAAACAACCACUCAAUCAGAUUUUGAGACAAGAAAGAAAGUAAAUUCCAAGCAGUUCUCCAAUUCCAGGGGAGUUUUUAGAGCAUCACUUUUUGAAAAUGACAAAAACACUGUAAAUGAUGAAGACUCCACCAAGUGUAUAAAACCAUCAGAUGCCAGCACUGGAGGAUUUAAAUCCAGAAGGUCGUUUAGCCCUAGAGAAGCUCUGAGAUCAAAAGCUGUCAUUAAACCUGCAAUUGUUGAAAAAGAUAUGAAGGCAGUCAUGGGAGGGGCUGUUUCUGAGGCAGAUUCAGAAAAACAGAAGUCUGUUUUUAAAAUGGUAACAAAUAAAAUGACAAGCAGCAUCACAAUCUUUCCUUCUGAGCCAACAGCUCCAAGGACCAGUGCAGAUGCAACAGCAAAGGAAAGGCAUGUUACCACCAGCAACAUCAGAGUUGCUCUAAAUGAGCCUUCACCAAUAACAAACAAUCUCCCCACACCCUUUGAGAUAUCGAUUAAUAAAAGUGCUCUGAAGUUAUCUGAGACAGAGAGAAUUGGAGAGGCAGUGCCAAGAAGUAAAGCAGAAACAGUGGUCUCCAGAAGCAGCAUCAUGAUAAAGACUUCUGAAUUCACAGAGAGGAACAGUGACCCACCUUCGGAGACUGUCAGCUGGAAGAGCCCUGGCUCUUCAGAUGCCGCUUCAUCCGAAACAAAACAUGUCACUGUGCGAAGUUCCUGGAGAACAAGACAAGGCUUACAUUCCCUGGAGGACUCUCAAACCAAAGUGGAGAAAAGUGCAGCUUCCUGUACUACAAACAUGUGUGGGUCUUCAGUGGACCUCUCAGAAAUGGAAGGGAACAGUGCAAGAACAAACUCCCUGGAGCAGACCUCAGCAAGGACCAGUGCCACAGCUAAUUCCUGGAGUGCCCCUGAACUGGGGUCCCGAAGGACCAAAAGUAACUUAAGUGCAUCUGAACUGCUAAUGCGCAGGAGCUACGCAAGUGAUCCUACAGCAGCUUCUGCUUGGCACCGGACCAUGCCAACUGAUGAAAGCAAAGAUUUUGUGCCCAGUUCCAGAAGAAAACAAUAUGGCUCUUCUGAGUACCUCUCACAGGUUGACACACCAGGGAAAAGGCCAGCCACCAAGAUGGAGCUGCAGGACCCUGAAUCCAACUCCCACGCACCACUGGGUCUCCAAGUGGAGAAGCAGGGUGCUUCCCAUGCCUGCCGGACAACAUCUCGGAGAUGAGUUGUAUUCCUUUCCACUCAAUGAACACGCUGCACAAUGGAGCAAGAAGCAAGGUAGUACCAAGCUCACAGGCAUCACACCUGUUUGUAACCCCUCCAGAGGCUUCAGCUAGCCUGAAACCAGUUUGCUAAUGCAAUUUUCAAGGUACAGGAGCUUUACCAGUGAAUUCUUUUUCUUCAUUGCUGAAGAAGCAGCUGCAGAGACUUUGCUCAGGGGACUCCCACUUCUCAUCUCUGUACCUGCAAUCUUAAUCUCCUCCAUAGGAUGAUAGGCCUGUCUCUGUAUGGAAACCUUGACUGCACAGCCACUCUGAACUAUGGUACUCCCUGAACAAGCAAGAAUUUCUUGUUAAUCACUUGCAUUUAGCCAAGAUCCCAGAAGUAUCCCUGUGACUUUGGUCCACCAGCCCAUGACAGCUGUCCUACACAGCUCCACAACUGAAAGCUUUCAGAUCCUAGUGAGUUUUUGCAAUUCUCCUAAUAUACCCUUGUAUUGGGUUGUGGUCACCUCAGUACCUGUGCUCCCAGCAUGCUCUGUCUCUAGGCAGGAGGAAACUAUUCCCCACUGGUUGCUUUACACAUUAAGAGGGAAGGAGAGCAGCAAAUGUUGUUUAGAAGCAGUUUCUUCCCUAUUGCUGUCAGUCUCUGCAACAAGCUUUGCAUGAUCUACUCAUCACCAGCUGAGAUCUUGUACCAAGGAGCCAAACACAGUGAAACUUCCUCCUGAGUUGGACUAGGGUGCUCUUUUACCUGAAGCUUUAUGUCCAUCAUGCUCUGCAGGCAACAACUCUGUUGCUCGUUCUCAGCAGUUGAACUCUUUCCUCUCAGACAAGUUCCUACCAAAACCAGGGUGGAGUCAGCAGGAUUGGACCCUAAGCUGAGCUCCAGCAUGACUACCUAGGCAGCCUCGGUCUGUGCCCCUCUUCAGGACCACCCCGUCCGUCUGGGACCAGAUAUGGUCAGAGACUGCUUCAAACACAGAGGUACGUUACCCUGUCAGUGCCCACAGGCCACCAAGCGCAGAUGGCAGCACUGUUGGGGAGACACCGCCCCGGCAGCUCCAGGAGGUGCUCAGGUGUUGGAGCAGCAUCUGCCCUGGGCAAGGUGAUCACAUCUGGCUCAGACAGUGGGAGCUACACCAGUCCUUCAUUUAUAGCCCACCACCCCACUGCAGGGCUGGCCCACAGUUUUCCUCUCCUGUACACAAACACCAUUGACCUCCUGCAGUGCUUUCUUCUCCCUGUUGGAAGCAGAUCCCCCUCUCUGCAGAGGGACAAGGGCAAUGCUGCAGAAGGGAAAAGGUCCCUUAUCCCUUUUGGAGGUGCUGUGGGAACAGCCGCGACCCAGCAGCUCCCACAUCUGAGCUGCACCCCACGUUCAUUCCCAAAUCUCACCUUCCAGGUGAGCAGCUACCACAGCAGCGUGCAUGUGACACACAUCUAUAUGCUGUACCUCCUCCCUGUCCCUUGGAAUUAUAUGCCUCAAUUCUGAGAGGCAAAUGAAU